UCCCGGUGACGAUAGAUUCAACAAUCCCGCUUUUUCUAAAUUAGCUCAAAUAAAUCCACUGUUUGAAGUCCCCAUCUGUUGGGAUUUGCAGCAGCAAUGCAAACGUCUCGUAGUCAAGAAGCUGAGGCGGAGAUUAAAUGUGCUUCGACUUGUUGCUUGAGCUUUCUACGAAAUAGCCUGAAGGAAGGUGUUCAAAAGUCUUACUAAGGGAAAAGGUUAUAUACCAUUAAAGAUUCCAAAUACCAAAAGCAGUCGUAAUAUUUGACUCUGAAGUCGUAUUCAAUGGGUGUACAAACCAAAGAGAAAGAGAUAAUUGUUAAGUAAUUGGAGCAGAGAGAAGUAAACAAAAGCAAAAGCGAAACGAUAACUCUCUCUGUUAGUGUCAUUUCCAAUGAUUCGAGGAUUGCUUCUGGGAAUCAUCUGGGUGAUAUUUUGUGUUUGUCCAUCAUUUCAACAAGAGACGACGUUUCUUUACAACAACUUUGGUCAAGCUGAUGACCAUCUUCACCUUGACGGUAGUGCAAGAAUCAUUCCCCGUGGUGGUGGUAUCCUGCAACUGACAAAUGCAACGGGUUCUCAAAUAGCUCAUGUUUUCUUCAAGAAGCCGAUUGAGUUCAAAUCAUCUGAAUCAGUCUCCUUCUCGACACAUUUUGUGUGUGCACUGCUCCCUGCAGGUGAUCCGAGUGGCCAUGGCAUAACUUUUUUUCUGUCUGAUUCCACUGGUUUUAAAGGCGCAGAGGCAACUCGAUACUUCGGGAUUUUCAACAGAAGUGGAUCUACUUCCACACGUGUGUUGGCUGUAGAGCUUGAUACUUCUAUUGCUUCAGAUGUGAAAGACAUCAGCGAUAAUCAUGUUGGGAUUGAUGUCAACAGCGCCGUGUCUGUGACAUCUGCCAACGCUUCUUAUUUUUCAGACAAAGAAGGGAAGAAGAUAGACAUAAAUCUCUUGAGUGGUGAUCCUAUCCAGGUUUGGGUGGACUAUCAAGGAACAACACUGAACGUUUCAUUGGCUCCUCUUAAAAACAAGAAACCAAGCCAACCUCUUUUGUCAAACACAACAAUCAAUCUUACUGAUAUUUUGCAAAGUAGAAGAAUGUUUGUCGGGUUUUCUGGUUCAACCGGGUCAAGCAUGAGUUUCCAGUACGUACUCGGGUGGAGAUUCAGCAAAAGCAUGGCGUCUCUGCUCGACAUUGACAUCUCAAAACUUCCCAAGAUUCCUCACACUAACACUAAAAAGAACUCUCCAUCUCUUGCGCUCAGUGUUCUGCUUGGUUUAAUAGCUUUCUUAGUUUUGGGGAUUCUUGUUGCAGCUUAUUUGUAUAGGAGAAACUUGUACUCUGAAGUAAGAGAGGAAUGGGAAAAGGAGUAUGGUCCACUCAGGUAUUCCUACAAAUCUCUAUACAAAGCAACAAAGGGGUUCAAUCGGAAUGAAUUUCUUGGGAGGGGAGGUUUUGGUGAAGUCUACAAAGGCACUCUAUCUCGGAGCAGAGAGCUGAGAGAAGUAGCUGUGAAGCGAGUAUCACAUGAUGGUGAGCACGGUAUGAAGCAAUUUGUUGCUGAGAUCGUGAGCAUGAGGAGUUUAAAACACCGAAGCUUGGUUCCACUUCUUGGGUAUUGCAGGAGAAAACAUGAGUUAUUACUGGUGUCUGAGUACAUGCCAAAUGGUAGUCUUGACCAUUACUUGUUUGAUCAUGAUAGAUCGUCUCUCCCCUGGUGGAGAAGACUUAUGAUCCUCAAAGAUAUCGCAUCAGCUCUUAGUUACUUACAUACAGAAGCUGACCAAGUUGUUAUACACAGAGAUAUCAAAGCUGCAAAUGUUAUGUUGGACGCAGAGUUCAAUGGAAGGUUGGGAGAUUUUGGCAUGUCCAGGUUAUAUGACAGAGGGGCUGAUCCAAGCACAACAGCUGCAGUGGGAACUGUUGGUUACAUGGCACCUGAGCUUACAACAAUGGGUGCUUCCACUGGAACUGAUGUGUAUGCGUUUGGUGUUUUCUUGCUUGAAGUAACAUGUGGGAGGAGACCUGUGGAACCUGGAUUGCCUGCUGCAAAGCGUUUUCUGAUCAAGUGGGUUGGUGAAUGCUGGAAAAGGUCUUCUUUGAUUGAUGCUAGAGAUCCAAGGUUGACAGAAUUCUUAUCCCAGGAAGUUGAGAAGGUUCUAAAACUCGGUUUGCUAUGUGCAAACCUUGCUCCAGAUUUAAGACCAGCCAUGGAACAAGUGGUGCAAUACUUAAACGGAAACCUAGCUUUGCCCGAGUUUUGGCCCAAUUCUCCAGGGAUUGGAGUUCUCACUCCAAUGGCACUUUCGCCAGCACCGCUCGUGAUCCCUUCACUAUCAUUUUCGUCAUCCUCUUCCAACAACUCGAUGUUUAUUACUCACUCAGUUCUGUACGGGAGUGGACGAUGAAAGUUUCUAACAACUUGUUUCUUCUUGGCCUCUUGAUAUUGACUGAUUUUCGACCCGAUUUUGUUUCACAGAUGUAUAUAUACACACACCAUGUUCAUUCUUGACAUCCUCCAUCAAGCUUGGCUUGUAGAGUGAUUAAUAAAGACUGAUAUUUAGUGUAACUUCUUGCAAUUACUUUACUAAACAUUUGUAAAGCAUGUGAUAUAUAAUCUGGUUAUGAAAUUA